AAUCCUCUGUUGAAAGUACGAGUUGGCUAGUUAGCCUCAAAAUAUUAGCUAACGACAAUUACUCAUACAAGAUGUGGAAAUCAGCUUACGUUUACAGAACACGGUGCGCGCGUUAUUCACACCCGGGUCGUGAACUGUCGUCCGCCGUUAAAAUAAGAUAACCACAAAAUGUAAACAAAGUUGAAUUUACUUUUUCAAUUCUCGACAAAAUGGUAGAGAAGAUACAAGUAAAUUCCAAGAAAAUUUAUUUCAUUUUGAUAUUGUUCCAGUUCACAGGUAGCGAAACAGCCCGGGUGGAAAAUAUAGCACUGUAUGAGACUUCAGAAACUGCAAAUAUAAAGAACGGUGUGAUUUACGUCAAACCAGAAACAGAUGUAAAGCUUUGGUUGUUUGGAAGCGAAUUAGACUCUACAGAGAUUUCUUUUUCUAAAGUUGCCAAACCUGUUGACGCACCAUGUGAUAGUGACAGAACCACUGAUCCCUUAAAGGUAGCUACAACUGAUGUUGGUAAAGCAAAUGUAGCUCUGAAUUUUAAGGUUGCUGGAGUAACGUUUUACUUAUGUGUGAAAGAUAACAAAACAUCACAAUGGAAGCACCAAGGUGAAGGCCCGACAAUGAAAAUUAUUGUGGAGAAAAAAACAUUUUCUCUACCUCUUUGGUUGAGUAUCACCCUCAUUGCAAUUCUGAUGAUGUUGUCUGGAUUGUUUUCAGGACUUAACCUUGGUUUGAUGUCCUUAGAUCCAAACGAGUUAAAAAUUGUAUCCAACAGUGGAACAGCACGUCAAAAGAAGUAUGCUAAAAAGAUUAUGCCUGUGCGAAAGCAUGGAAAUUUUCUAUUGUGCACAUUGCUUCUUGGCAAUACACUUGUGAAUUCAUCCUUCACGAUAUUGUUAGAUGGUCUAACAGGUGGAAUUGUAGCUAUUAUUGGAUCAACCCUUGCAAUUGUUAUUAUGGGUGAGAUUGUUCCACAAAGUAUUUGUUCUCGCUAUGGGCUAGCUGUAGGUGCUUACACUAUAUACUUGACCAAACUCUUCAUGAUACUCACCUUUCCUUUAUCGUUUCCUGUCAGUAAACUUUUAGAUUGCAUUCUUGGGAAAGAGUUAGGAAACGUUUAUAAUAAACAGCAGCUACUUGAAAUGCUCAAGCUUCAAAGUGAAUACAAUGAUCUUGAGCAAGACGAAGUAGGCAUCAUAUCAGGAGCUCUCAAAUAUAAAAGUAAAACUGUUGCAGAAGUGAUGACUCCACUGGAAGAUUGCUUCCUAUUAGACGAAGAAGCCAUCUUAGAUUUUCAAACAAUGUCUUCAAUCAUUCGAACUGGUUAUAGUCGAAUACCAAUUUAUUCCAAUGAACGUUCGAACAUUGUAGCUUUAUUGUUUGUCAAAGACUUAGCAUUUGUUGAUCCAGAUGAUUGUAUUCCACUUUUGAGCGUGAUUAAGUUUUACAAUCAUCGUGUUCAUAAAGUAUUUUUUGACACCACGUUGGAUAAGAUGCUGGAAGAGUUUAAGCAGGGUACGUCUCACCUGGCUGUGGUGCUCAAGAUUAACGAUAGUGGUGAUGGGGAUCCAUUUUAUGAAAGCACUGGCAUUGUUACGUUAGAAGAUAUAAUUGAAGAAAUUAUUCAGGCCGAGAUUGUUGAUGAAACGGACGUUUAUGUUGAUAAUGUUUCUGGUCAAAAAGUUCAUCGAAAACACCAUAACCAGGACUUCACUUUGUUUUUACCUUCACCUGAGGAUGCUCAACCAAAGUUAUCACCACAAUUAGUGUUUGCCAUCUUUCAAUAUUUAAGUACCGCUGUAUCUGUGUUCACAGGAGAACUUAUCUCUCGCUCUGUUUUGAAGAAGUUAAUCGAACAUCCAGGUGUUGUAGAAGAAAAAGAAGUAAAGCCAGAAAAAGACGAGAAGGGCGUGUAUUUAUACAAAAAAGGUUCUCAUACCGACUUUUUUGCGCUUAUUUUGCAAGGCCGUGUAGAAGUUACAGUUGGUGACGAGAAUAUAGUCUUUGAAGAUGGACCAUUUUCGGUGUUUGGGAUAAAAGCAUUGACGAAUGAGUCUGGCUCACAAUACAUGCCAGAUUUCACGGUUAAGAUACUGUCUACGUUACAGUUCUUGAAAAUCAGCCGGUCAUUGUAUCGUUCUGCAGUUCGUGCUACAAAAAUGGAAAGAGAAAAUAGAACGCCAGAAAACUAUCACGAAUUUGACGAGAUAUUUUGGAAAAACAUAAAGAAUAAUGACGUUCUCAGUCACAAAAGCGAUGUUUCAAGCUUAAAAAGCAUGGGGAGUGAAAAAAGUACUCCAAAUAGAACAGAACAAAACAAGAACCACAAAAACAGUUUACUUCGCAGACUGACUCCAAAACGUGAAAGAAAAAGAGACUCCAACGAACAAAGAAGAGACAGCAGGACUGAAAGUCAUAAGAUUGGAACACCUUCUCCAACCUUUGUUGACAAACAGUCACUCGUAACAGCGGAGGAGGGUGAUGCAACGACGUCAUCAAAUGAAUUCGACAAUACCCGUGUAUAAUUUAGGAGUACAGCGGGUUUAUGUAGGGAAUAAAUUUUACUCUAACGUUAUGUUUUCUACACAUGUAUAUAUUUGUACUUUGUAAAUACGACAUCUGCUCAUUCUUUUUGUCCUACUGGCAUUGGGAGGAUGGAUGGGUAGUUCUUUUGCUGCACUUUUUUUUAGGAUAUUUUAAAACUGAGAAAAUGAGGUGUGAAUUUUAUGUUAUUAAUUUUUGCAUAUUUUUAUUAACGAUGUAAAAGCUUCUUUCGUUUUGUUUUAUUUGAUGAAUCUUGCAUUUUUAUAUGCAGCCCCAUU